AUUAAAACGACGACGCGUACCUGCAACUGCAAACUCACUUCGUAGGCGCGAAUCCGAGGAAGAAAACACUUAUGUGUGUGUCUCUCUCUCCUUCUCUUGAAUACAUUAGUACAAUUUCUGCCCUAGCUUUUGUAUAUCUGUCUCAUGGAGUCCGCCACCGCGUUUCCGCAAUACAUCGCUCUCAAUUCCAAGUUUUCGGAUGGCGGAAGCAAAGAGGUGCCGCCGCCGGCGAUGGAUCGCUCUUCUAAAUCAAAAUUCGAGGUUCCUGAAAUAAUAGAUGUUGACAUGUUAGAAGACGGUGAUGAUGCUUCCUUGAUGGAUAGUGAAGUUGAUGGAAGUGCCAAAGGAAAGAAAGUCCUCUCGAAUUCUUCUGUUGGUGUUUGUGGUUUAGCAGAUGAAGAAUCUGGAGAUAACAUGGCAACAUCAAAUGUUGGUGGUGAAGAAUUAGAAGAUUAUGCAGAUGAUUUCAGCUCUAGUUUAUACUUUGGAGAGGAUGAGUGGAUGGAUUCAGAUUAUGAUGGUAUGAUUUAUGAUGACAAUGAUCAUUUGGAAGCACAUUUUGAUAACAUGGAGCUUCCACCUGGAGUUGAGGCGCCUGUCCCCUGGUUUCGGGGUUCUCCUAAAAAUGAUACACAGAUCCCAGUCAAGGGCCCAAGCACUUCAACACAUUCAGGGAGUUCACUGCGGACAGGGCCGGUGAAGGUGGUUGACAAAAUUGUGUACAAGUUUGACAAUUUUGCAAAAUUUGACACUGUUGAUGACCACUCGGAUCAUUAUUACUCCACAAGAAAGUGUUCUGAAGUGGCAUCAAAGAACUGGGCGAAGAGAAUACAAGAAGAAUGGAAGAUUCUUGAAAAAAAUUUGCCAGCUGAGGUAUAUGUGAGGGUUUACGAAUCAAGGAUGGAUCUUUUGAGAGCAGUGAUAAUCGGGGCGGAAGGAACACCGUACCAUGAUGGUCUCUUUUUCUUUGAUGUCUACUUCCCCAGCAAAUAUCCUGCUAUUCCACCCGAAGUCUAUUACCAUUCAGGUGGUCUCCGAAUCAAUCCUAACUUGUACGAUUCUGGGAAAGUGUGCCUUAGCCUUCUGAACACAUGGAGCGGGAGCAGAAAGGAGAAGUGGAUCCCGGACCAGUCAACUGCACUACAAGUGUUGGUCUCCAUACAAGGUUUGAUAUUAAAUGCAAAACCCUACUUUAAUGAGCCUGGGUAUGAGGGGGAAAUGGGAACAAAAAGAGGGGAGGAUAGCUCCUCUGCGUAUAACGAGAACACAUUCAUAUAUUCCUUGAAGACAAUGAUUUACAGCAUGCAGAAGCCACCCAAGCACUUUGAGGACUUUGUGGUGGGGUAUUUCCGGAAGCAUGCACGUUACAUUUUGGUGUCCUGUGUGGCCUACUUGAACGGAGCUGAAGUGGGCUGCCUUGUCAGAGGUGGCGUUCAUGAUGCUGACAAAGACAACAGGAGAUGCUCGGAGCAGUUCAAGGAGACGCUGGGGCAGUGCAUCACUCGUCUGGUAAAGACAUUUAUGGAUAUUGAAGCCGAUGGUUGUCAGGAGUUCCUAGCUGCAGCGAAGAAAGGUAGUAAAACGGAAUAGCCACAUCUCGUGUGGCCUUCACCUUAUUGAGUUUAUAGCUUGUUUCGUAGAUCAGAAUUUGCAAUCGUGACACAAUCUGCUUACAUCGUUGUGGGAAGUACAUACCUUGGUUUCUCAUGAAUUUUUCUAGUAACAAGUCUAUAUUGACAGACAAUACAAUGUGUAUAUAUGAUUUUAGCAUUCUGUAAAUUACUAUGACGUCACGUUUAUGCUCGAGCAGCCCAUAUGUCUAAAUUACAAUGUAGCAAAUUUACGUGCAUAAUGUUGGAAUCCGACCCUGAUCAGUUUUCAGACCUA